AUAUCCGCUGCUGCAACAACAAGAUCUCUGUUCUCCCUUCAGCUCUGCAGCUUGACGCCAUUUACAGCCCAAAUCCAGAUCCAGACCUCCUCUCCGGAAAGAGCACAGAAAAAAAACAUUCACACACACACGAGAAAAAGAAGUACUCAGAGCCUUUAGAGGAGAAAACACACCGAAUUUGUGUGCAACUUCUGCAGGAAAAGUGCAGGAAAGUUUGGUGACUGAGACCUCGUGCUGUUGCGCACAAAACAUGGGAUUUACUUUCUCAAUGGAUUGUACCGACGGAUUCCCAGACUGAGUUGUUGCUGCACGGAAUAAACUCUCAAACAAGUUGGAUUUAUUUCACCUGAACGGGAGUUAAAGUGUGGAAAGCACGGACUUCAGAUGUGUCCCAUGCCAGCCAGAGUGGCCCUUCAGUCCCGAGAUGGAUUCCACAAGUCAGAGCGACAGCGACGGGGGAGGAGGACGCCACGGGUGGUCGCCGGGCACGCCGCAUGACGAAGGGAGAAGGCAAAGCCACGACGGUCCGUCGGAUCCCGGGUUGACCAACGGGCCGCCGCCGCCCCACACUCCAGCAGUGCUGUCUCUGGAUCAGAUCAGGAUAACUGGGAGUAGUAAUGAGUACACAGACGGGCCCACUGUGGCCCAACGGUCUCCGGCCUCGCCACACAGGCAACAGAAGAGUGACUUGGUUACGUCGCCAGGUUCAAGGACCGCUGGGCAGCAGGAGACUCCGCAAGAGGGGCCUAAUAAUCUUCGCAACUUGCAUUCAUUGACUCAGCAUGGAAACACUUCCGGCGAGGGCGUGCUGCGGCCCUCCAGCGCCGAGGACUCCCAGAGUAGCAUCAGGACCAGCGUGGGGAGCUCCUCUUCAGGCCAGAGGCUCCUCGGCAGCAACCAGAUAAUCAGAACCCAGCCCAAACGCGCCGAGCUAAGCUCAGACGAGCUGAAACCCCUGAACGCCGAGUCCAGGGCGGUGGUGGCCGUGCCCGGCAGCGGAAGCUCUAAAAACCCAGACAUACACACCAACAAGUGCGAGGACUGCGGCCGGUGCCGCUGCCCAGAGUGCAGCCGCCCGCGGGCGCUCCCUUCCUGCUGGAUGUGCGGCCGCCGGUGCGUGUGCUCGGCGCAGAGCGCGGUGGAGUACGGCACAUGCGUGUGCUGCGUCAAGGGGCUCUUCUACCACUGCUCCAGCGACGACGAGGACACGUGCGCCGACAAGCCCUUCUCGUGCACGCAGUCGCACUGCUGCGUGCGCUGGACCACCAUAUCGCUUCUCGCCCUGCUCUUCCCCUGCCUCCUGUGCUACCUCCCGGCUAAAGGAUGCGUCGCCGCGUGCCAGAGCUGCUAUGACCGAGUCACGCGACCCGGCUGUCGGUGCAAGAACACAAACCCGAUCCGCUGUGAGGAUGUCUGCAAGCCGACGUAGAUGGUGAUGAUGCAGAAGGAUGGGAAGACUCCAUGUUGACUGAACUGUUGUGUAGUUGAACGGUUUGAUUAGAGAGUUUCUGUGUUUUCCAUCUAGUUCUCCAUGCCUACCACAUCUGGGCGGAGUCACAUUUUGCCUUCAAUUGUCAACUUUUAAGGCCAAUUUGACAAAAAAAGUUCCUACAAGGCACUGGAGGUGCAUCCACUCACCCUGUCAUUAUGAGCUCCACUUGCAAGGUAAACCAAAAUAAGCGCUCCACAUGUUAAAAAAGGUAUGAAGACACAUUCAACUACUGUUAAGUCCUGAAAUAUAAUCCCUUCACUCAAGUGCCCAGAUACCGUGUUGUUGCUACGAGAGUCCAAAUGUUGUCGUCGCCUUGUUUUUUAACAUUUAAUACAACUUAUAUGCUAAGAACAGACUCCUAUUACUAACUGUAUGUAAAGUAGUGAAUGCAAAGGGUAUGUACAUUAGAAAAUGAGUUUGACAGAUGUUUUAUUUUUGUACAUAUAAUAAUACUUCAACUGUGAAAAAAAAGUUUUCUGCCAUACCAGAGGCACCUUGAUGAAUCCACAUUUCUAUGAAUCAGUCAACGUCAUUCAUACAAUGUUUGUACAUUCACUGGAAUGUAUAUCAAUCAUUUAAUGUAAUUUACAAAAGGAAAAAAAAAAUCCCUUCUACUUGUAAAUUGUACAGUGACCUUAUAUGAGAAAUUUAUUUUCUAAUUCCAACAUUGCUUAGUGUAAAGUUAAAAAAAAUAUAUAUUUAUUUGAAGGUUUAUUAUUUUAUAAUGAAAAAUAUUUAUUUUGAGAAAAGCAUUGUUCAUGCGUCGCCUCUUACAGGGAGGGGGAGGCUGCUCUGUCGUCGCUGAGGUGACCUGUAGGAGUGUCAACGCUGGAUGAAUAGUUCACUAUGAAUUAGAAGACAAAUAUAUUAACGUUUGAAAUUAAACAACCUUGAAGUCUGA